AUGUCUAGCUCCGGUUCCGCCUCCGCCUCCGACUCCUACAUCCUCCCAACCCCAACAUCAUCCACCCCCUCCCCGCGCUCCCGCAGCCUCAGCUACACCAGCGUAGACUCGCUCGGCGACGAAAUCGCAUCGCUCCCCUCCGAAACCACAUCUGCGUCCGAUCUCGAGACGCUCUCUGAUUACUCCGAUGCUGAGGCCGAGUGGCAGGAGAGCAUCGAGCAACUGGAGCUCCUGCUCACGAUGGUGAUUGUGCCGUUUGUUGGGAAGUUUUUGGGGAGGAAAUGUGCUUAUUGGAGUUGGACGAGAUUCAUGGAGUGGAAAUACCCGAUUGAUGGGGUAGUGGAGAAGGGGUCUGGGCCGAGAGCUGGGAGCGUGAAGUCUUUUGCGUCGUUGUGA